AUGACCGACAAGAGUGCAACCCUGAACGUUGAAGGCACCGACCACUCCUUUGAAGUCCGCUCGGGCUCUGUGGGGCCCGAUGUCGUCGAUAUCUCAAGGCUCUACGCCGAGACCGGCAAGUUCACCUACGAUCCGGGCUUCACCUCGACCGCAUCGUGCGAAUCCAAGAUCACCUUCAUCGACGGCGACGAGGGCGUGCUGCUGCAUCGCGGCUAUCCGAUCGACCAGCUCGCCGAGCAUGGCGACUUUCUGGAAACCUGUUACCUGCUGCUCUACGGCGAUCUGCCGACGAAGGUGCAGAAGGAAGACUUCGACUUCCGCGUGACGCACCACACCAUGGUCCAUGAGCAGAUGAACCGGUUCUUCACCGGAUUCCGCCGCGAUGCGCAUCCGAUGGCCAUCAUGUGCGGCGUGGUCGGCGCCCUGUCGGCCUUCUAUCAUGACUCCACCGACAUUUCCGACGAGCAUCAGCGCAUGGUCGCAAGCCUGCGCAUGAUCGCCAAGAUGCCGACGAUCGCGGCCAUGGCCUACAAGUACUCGAUCGGCCAGCCCUUCGUUUAUCCCAAGAACGAUCUGGACUAUGCGUCCAACUUCCUGCGCAUGUGCUUCGCCGUCCCGUGCGAGGAGUAUCAGGUCAACCCGGUGCUGGCCCGCGCGAUGGACCGCAUCUUCAUCCUGCACGCCGACCAUGAGCAGAACGCAUCGACCUCGACCGUGCGGCUCGCCGGCUCGUCCGGCGCCAACCCGUUCGCCUGCAUCGCUGCGGGCAUUGCCUGCCUCUGGGGUCCGGCCCAUGGCGGCGCCAAUGAGGCGGCGCUGAACAUGCUGGCCGAGAUCGGCAGCGCCGACCGCAUUCCGGAAUUCGUCGCCCGCGCCAAGGACAAGGACGAUCCGUUCCGCCUGAUGGGCUUCGGCCACCGCGUCUACAAGAAUUACGAUCCGCGCGCCAAGAUCAUGCAGAAGACCACGCACGAGGUUCUGGGCGAACUGGGCAUCAAGGACGACCCGAUGCUCGAGGUUGCCAUGGAGCUUGAACAAAUGGCGCUGACCGACGAAUAUUUCAUCGAAAAGAAGCUUUAUCCGAACAUCGAUUUCUAUUCGGGCAUCACGCUCAAGGCGCUCGGCUUCCCCACCAAUAUGUUCACCGUCCUUUUCGCGCUCGCGCGCACUGUCGGCUGGAUCGCCCAGUGGAAGGAGAUGAUCGAGGAUCCGGGCCAGAAGAUCGGCCGGCCGCGUCAGCUCUACACGGGCGAAGUGCAGCGCGAUUACGUGCCGCUGUCCAAGCGCUGA